AUGCAGCUCGACAAUAGCGACGGCAGGCGGCCUUCGUCAACCCAGAGGUUGCCCGUCAAUCCUCGUCGUCACAAGGUAGCCCCCGAGCAGCGCAAGCGAGUCGCUACUGCAUGCAACAACUGCAAUGUUCGUCGAGUCAAGUGCUCCGGCGGCAAUCCCUGUGGGCAGUGCUCCGCUUCCAACCGCGAAUGCGUCUAUCCAACCCCAGUCGAGAAAGUCAGCGUCCCGCGCACCGAACUCGAGGAGCUGCGGAGGAAGGUCGACGCGUAUGAGCGAGCACUUCAGGAGGUGAUCCCAGACCCGUCCAGGAGACAGGAGCUCAUCACUCAAGCCGCCGCCACGCCAGAGGGCCUGUCGCCGUCUCCCAGUCCGUUCAGCCCCGCUCAGUCCUUUUCUCCCGAGAGCAGUCGUCGCCUUGCCGCCCCUUCGGUCAAGGCUGAGCCCGAGGACGAGCAGACAACCGGUCGUCUUCUUCAGGACCCAGAUGGCACGGCUCGCUAUCUCGGAGAGACCAGCGGUGCCACAUUCCUCGAUCACUUGAAGGAGCUUCUUGGAGCUGUUUUACCCCUCGCCCAGGUGGAACCGCAGCUGUCUCAGGAUCAAGACGGAACCGCCUUCCUGAACAGCCUGGGGAGAUAUUACACCGCUGACUCGCGCCCGCUGGUUGAGCGUGAGGAAAUGCCCACGUCUCUUCCCUCAAACGAGGACCUUGCCACUCUACUGUGCAAGCUCAGAUACCUGAUCCAGGAUGGCAACGGUGAAUGGCCCAGCGGCGGCAUCUACUGGUUCGGAGAUCUCAACGUCGUUCCCUCCCAGAUCGCCUCUCCGCCGUCCGCCUCGGACGCGGAUAUGAACGAGUACCGUCACUUGGCCUUUUAUCAUGCCGCUCUGGCCAAUAUCACCCGCGCCAACACCUCGUCGCAAGAGGUGCAUGGGAGUGCGUCGACGCCGUCACUCAGCGAAGCAUACUUUGCUCGUGCUGCCCUCCUCGUGGGGAACCCGCUUGACAUUACGCGCUGCUGCACAAUCGGUGAUGUUGCCACGCUGUGUCUCAUGGCGGCCUAUCUGAUUGAGAUGAAUCGGAGAGAUGCCGCCUAUAUGCACGUUGCGGCCGCCAUGCAUAUCUGCAUCAUGCUGGGUGUCCAUCGCGGGCUCGUCGACGAAAGGGGUAAGAGGGUGUUUUGGACCGUAUACGUCUUGGACCGGUGGUUGAGCUGUCUGAUGGGUCGGCCGCACAUCAUCAUGGACGACGCCAUUCGGCUCCAGCUGCCAGCCGACGCUCCAUCAAUGCCUCCUGCUGCAGGGCUCAAGGCUCACGUCGAGCUGUCGCGUAUUUCGGGUUAUGUUGUCUGCAACACUUACCGCGUGGCUCCGUGGGAGGCGUCCAGGGGAGGACUGGCCAAACAGCCGGACAAGGCCAUCUGGAUGCUGCAGCAGUGGCAGUUGACGCUUCCGCCUCGCCUGCAGCUGUCUCCGGACGGACUGAGCAACGACCCUGCCUGUUGCCUCCUCCAUAUGAGGUACAACAUGCUCCUUAUCCUGGCCAUCCGGCCGCUGUUCCUGGGGGCCGUCAAGAGGUCGGUGGCCCGGCGACUGGUGGUGCAGACGGCCGAGCCCAGCAGCACGCACACGGAGCAUCUGAAGCUGUGCAUUGCCGCUGCGCGCCGCAACAUCCGCCUCGGACGGCAAUUGACGACGCUCAACAUCAGCCGCAAAUCGCCGCUGCACGCGGAGCAGCACUAUUCGUUCAAUGCCACCGUCUGCCUCAUUCUGGAGGACCUGAUC